CAAUAAAAAUAUCCAAAUAAAAAUAUUAUAAUAAUAUAAGAAAUUAGAUGCUUUGCUAACGCUUCAAACAUAACAUUUGUUCAAUCUAAUUUAUCCAUUAUGAAAGAACAAAAUAAAGUUAGACAUAACGGCAAGUCUGUUUAUAAAUAACAAAAGAUCAAUGAUUUCUGAUCACGAUUAUUUCAAAACCGAAGAUUUCUCUUUUAUGUUGGUCUUCCCCAUUAAUUAACAUUUGUUAUGUGAUUAUGCAUGAGUAGAAUGAAAAUGUCAUCGAGCUAGUAUUCUCUAGAUUAUUCUAGAUGAAUUAAAAAAUACGAAAGUUUCUCGCGAACGACUGACCUUAUAUAGAGGGAAGAAAGAGGUGUUCCUUGUUUUCAUUUAUUAAGAGAGAUAUAUUUCCGACAAAUACUGAUAAUAAACGUAAUGGAAUUAUUGGUUAAACCCAAAGGUAAAAACCUCGAUCAAGAAUGGCGUUGAACAUUAUUCCGAGUGUGUAACUACCUAGAUAUUUCAAGAAGACUUAUCUCUUUUUCGGAGAAUCUAGUCCGCAGAGAAAGAGGGAAAGUACAGACAUAUUUCCCGGUAUUUAGACACUAAAGAAACGAUGGCGUUUCACCGAGUUCUCCACUUAAUAAUAUGAAACAGGAAUAGAGUGACGAUUGUGUGUAAUGUCGUUCUUGCGAAGCGCACUUUUAUCGUCUAGGAGAGUCCACGUAUAUAUCCUAAUUUUUUAUGCGAAAUUUAAUACCCGGACGAUGCAUGCUGAUUUUUUACACGAUGUAUUCGCAUUUCAAAGAUUGUAAAAUAAAUUAAUUUAUGGAAAUGCCGAGAUACCGGUGUAUCCCGGUUUUCUGAGGGAGAAAGAGAAAGAGAGAGAGCAUGAUAUACAUAUAUAUGUAUAUAUUUUGAUAUUUAAAAUAUACGGAAGUGGAAGACAUCGACGAUGCCUUUGGCCCUGCUUGAGGUCGAUGGGUUUUCCCCAUCCCUACUUCGCGCUUUCGCGCUUGUAUAGUACCACUAAAGGCAUCGCCGUGCAUCGUGUCUGAUCGAGGAACAAACGCGCAAGCGCCAGCAGACGUCGUCAGAGAUUUCAGUAGCGUACCUUAUAACAAGCAGUCAAAUCAAGAAAACAAAUAAUAUGAAGUAUUGAAAUCAGUACGAGUACGAGUAUCUGCUAGUUAAAAACAGCAGAUAUAAAAACAUUAAUUUAAUUAUUACGUCACUGUAUCAAUUCUUAAAAAUUUAUCCUUUGUAACGCUCUACUAUAUCAAAGAUUUAUAAUUCUAGACAUUGGCUUGAUGUUUUCCACUAGGAAGAAUAAAUAGAUAGGAAUGCCAAUGCACAAAAAAUCAAAUUAUAAAUAUAAUCUUUGACAACACCGCUUUAUACACUUUAGACGCUUGAAAAACUUUAUACAUUAUCAGCAUGGGAUGACAAGGCAGAUGUUUUUCCUUUCCUGAAACCAGAUAAGUUAAGGAAUGAUUAAGUCUGUUUAACCGCCUUAAUCAUUUAUUAUCUUAAACUUAUCGCGUUCAACUCUAAUGGUUCCUAAUCUCCGCAUCAUAUUCGUUUCAUUACUUUAGAUUAGCUUAAGUUCGUUUAAAGGGAACAUUAACACUCAUCCCAAUGGGCCACCCCCGAAGGGGCGCCCCGCGUGACAGAUCUGUCGAGAUCGGUCACGUGGUCAAUGACAUUUUUCGCACGUGCGCAUGAAAGCGCAGCGCUUCGUCUCUCCGUUCGUUCGCCCCGCGUGAUUCGCUCGCGGUCGUGACGCUCGUACGAUUAUAGCGAUCAGUUUGUUUCGAGACGCGAGACGAUGAGGUUCGCCGACGCUCGCACGAGCACGAUUCGAUGUCACAACGACGAGCCCGACCAAGAAGCCGCCUUCCACCACCCGCGCUUUCUACCCCCUCGCGACAACGGAAGCCGGGCGGAAUGCGUUUCAUUCUCGUGGUGCGGCAAACGCCAUAAAACAGAGCAAUAGUAAUACACUGCGUCCCUCAACGCAGCCAUUCAAAAUUGAAUAAAAGAAAAAAAAAAGAAAAGAAAAACAGACCGCGUACUAGGGCGAUUCGAAGCAAUUAAAUCAAAGGUGAAGAGUGAUAGACGGGAAAAUAGGGAUCGAAAAGGCCGGUUGUAUGUAUCGGCGGGAGCGAACGAACGGAGAAAGAAAGACAGCCCCCGAGGGGAGGAGAUUCGACUUACGAGUGACUCGAAACGAGUGAAUCGAGAGAAUAUCGAAAAGAUACGGCUCGACGACACGCGAAGAGAUCGGUCGCCGGCAUACGCGCUGAAGGAAUACGCGCAAACGAGACGUCGAUAGGGUGAAUCUCGCGAAAUCGAUUGGAAGGGGUGAAAGGACAACGGAGGAAACGACCGAGAGCAUCUCGGCGAGACGCGGGGUACACGGCGGCAGGCUUUUUCACUCCGCGAGUCUCGAUUACUAUUUAUUUUUCGGGACAACCUCUCCGCGGCGAGAGUCGAAGAUGUGGCAGCCCUCGGACGAGAGCGCUCAGACGGAGGAGAAGGGACGGCGGCGUGACAACGACGACGACAAGGCCGCCGCGACGGACAACGUCGACUCCGGAUUCCUGUCGGCCGGCAAUAUGCAGGUCAGCGCCGAGAUCCGCGACCCCGGGACGCCGCGGCGGAGACAGCGGGAAGAUGAUCAGCGGCGGACGACGACCGGUCCCGGCGUGGACCGGCGAGGAGCGAUCGCACCGGGGAUCGUAUCGGGAGCGACGAUCCCGGCGGCGUCGCCGUCGUCGACGGUAAUCACGCCGGGAGUGCCGGCGCGGGUCAUCGACAGCGGCGUCGUGGACGUCGACCUCAGCGAGGGCCUGAACCAUCUCACCCUGGAGAAACAGCGGUCCAGUUGCCCGAGCGAUCCGCUCGCCGUCGACAGCGAGGAUUGCCUGGUGCGGCCUGAGCCGAGGAUGACGGUCCUCGAGCUGUCACCCGUGAAAGUCCCGGUCCCGGAGACGCCGACGCACCACGAAAUCCCGCCGAAGUACGACCGGGAUGAUGACCUUCCGCUCGAGCAGCACCGGCGGGACGGUGCCAAGAAACGCGCGAUAAUUUGCGAGAACACCUGGCAACUUUACUACGCGCAGGACGACGACGGUGACACACAAUUGCACAUCACGAUCAUACAGGGUUUCGUGGAGGCUGCGCUCAUGUUGAUAAGGCUGGCGCCUCAUCCGUCCCUACUGAACGUAUACAACGAUAAUCGGCAAUCGCCUUUGCAUCUGGCAGUGCUAACGAAUCAGUCGCUGAUUGUCAGACGGCUGAUUCUGGCGGGUGCAGAUCCCUCUCUCAGGAAUUCAUGUGGCAACACGGCCCUCCACCUGGCCUGCAGGAACGGAGAUCUCGCCUGUGCCAAGGCCCUUACGGACCCAUUGUCUCCGAUGGAGAGGAACCAGCUGAUGCCCGGGCAGACAGUACCCGCGUUACCUCAGGAUUUGGAGCAACGUAACUAUAGUGGUAAGAUGUGCUUGCACCUGGCCGCCACUAAGGGACACGUGAACCUGGUGCGCCUUCUGCUGCGUCUCGGCGCCGAUCUCGAGGCGAGAGAGGCUCUUGCGGGACAAACGGCGCUUCACCUCGCAAUGGAGCACAGACGUCGGUCGGUAGUCAACUUCCUGUUGCAGGAGUGCAAGCCCUGUCUAGACACGCAGACGUACAGCGGUCUGACGGCCUAUCAGAUAGCACUGGGCAUCGACAUCCAGCUCGCCAGGGAGCUAGUGCGACACGGAGCAAAACCGGAACCCCUGCCGAUAUCCGACUCGGAGGGUAGUUCUGAGGACGAGACUUACGGAGAGACGAAUUACCUCCCCGCGAUCGUCAAGAUGCAAAACGCGGUCGAAGUGAAGGUUUAAAGUUACUUAUCGAUUAAAUAGCCAGGAUGUGCCGGAUAUUCAUUGAUGUAUCAAUUCAUUGAAUGAAUCCGAACGUUGUACGGUUGCUGAAUGAGAAAAAAAAUGAAGUAGGAAAAACGUUAUGCUUAUACAUAUAUGAUGUGCACACGCACGAGGAGGAAUUCCGAGUUAUCUGGAAACAACUAUGAAGUCUUUUUAUCAUAUUAUUUUAUAAGCGAAUUAAAGUACGGUGCACUUGACAUUGUAAAUGCUUUGAAACAUUUAAAUCGAAACGAAGAAUUGUAUUAAUUGAAUGCUUCAAAACAUUUGUAUCAAGUGGCUAUCAUUGCAACCUAUGACGGGGUGAAUGAAAGUAAAUGGAAAUUAGCAAGACUAAAAUAUGAUUUACUAAAAUUACUUCAAGAAGAAUGAUUGGGAAGAUUAAAAAAUGAUUCAAAUUGAGAGAAUUUAUACACAUUAUACUUACAAUUAGUAAGUACAAAACUAUAUUUGAUCUUUUAUUUGCACAAUCGUAUUAAUUAAUUGGAUGAAUUUAAAUGAUUGCUACUUGAAAAUAAAAAUUUAGUUUUAAUAAAUUAUAUAAAAUUUUUUUUGUAGAUCAAAUUUAUUUAUGAAUCUUGGCGCAUUUAUGACAUCAUUCUAAUUUAUUGUAUUGGAUUGGAAUAGAUAGUAAAAAGUUAAAAAGUUGCUAUUAGUUAAGGGAUAACAGAAAUUUCAGGAUUUCUAAUUUUGACUUGCGUUAUUUACGCACGAUUAUAGAGAUUUAUCUUUGAGAGCUCAUGAGUAUUACUAUUAUAAUGUAAUUAUAGACUGUGUACGUUUUUCAAAUCGAUAUUAGCGGCGACAUUUGCGAGAAAUAACCGAAUGAAGAGAUAAACAGAAGCGCGUGGAAAUCGAAGAUCUCAGAAACGAACUUAUAUACGAUUAACGAAUAUUCGAUUAACGAACGAAGCAACGACAUGUGUACAUAAGUAGUGGUUAUGCAGUGUACAUAAGUGUACUUUCCUUUUAUUUACAUGCAGUAAGUGGAUGCACAAUACCGAAGUAUGAAUGUGUUUCUGAAAUAUGUUGUAAAAAUGAUACAAUGGGCAAUCCAUAUUUCGCCACAAGUAUUGUUCCUACGUAUGGAUCGAACAUUCUGUGCAAACGAAAAACGAGUGCGGUUGUCUGAAAUAAGUGACUACGUAGAAUAUUUGCGAUAAUAAAUGAAAUUGGACCGAUACUCGAACGAGACAACUUCACAGAAGAAAAUGUUAUUUUUUUGAUCAAAGCUAAUAUUUUUUUGGUGCUUAAUAAUAUAUCAGUUUAAUUUUGAUAUUACUUCCGGCUUUAGUUUUUUAUAAUUACAUUUUAUGAUUAUAAAUCCGACAACUCGUAUCGGUUUAUAUAGAACUAAGAAAUGUGUUUAUAAAUUGAUAUAGAUAUAUGAUUUAAGCAUCAAGACUUCGCUUUGACUAAAAAUGGAAUAUUUGCGCCUUGUAAGCGCGAUAUUUUUUUUUAAUAGAAAAGUAAAUGUAAAUAAGAGAAUUGACCCGCGUAUAAAUCGUAGAUCGAACGUGAGGUUGGUGUGGUGUGUGAUGUGGUGCGCACGUGCGCGCGAUACAAACUAUAUAUUUUAGGUCAAAGAGAAAUAAUCAAAUUCUUGUUCUUGUAUGCGACUCAUAGCUGUGCGAUAUUAUAUGCGUUAUUAGCGCGAAACUCUAAUUAGCUAAGAUAAUAGAGGCCAGAUAGUUGUAUAAUUAUUAUGUGCAUAUAUUUAUGUUGGUGUGACAGAGAAAAAAAAGAGGUCUAGAACAACAUGUUUAUUGAUACGAUGGAACGUUUUCAAUAUAAUUAUGUAUCUGGGCGUUAACAGUGUUCAUUUAGUAAUGUAAGAUCGCUUUCGUCAAAGAGUGUAUAUUAAGUCUCUCUCACGUGUACAUAGCCCAUCUUCCAUUAAAAUCAUACAAAUAUAUCAUAGGCAAUGAUGUAUUGGACAACGACGUCGUGCGACGUCAUCAUUAUUGUUAUAUUCCUGUAUGUAAAAUCCAUAUUUUUAAUAAAAAAAGAAAGAUGUUGCGAAA